AGUUAGUGUUCGGUGAUAAUCGUGGUGUUUAUCAAGUCUAGAAACGAGAAAAAUGACCAUUCACUGGGGUAUCGUAGCUGCGGGAAAGAUUAGCAAUGAUUUUGUUAACGCUUUGAACUCAUCUCCGGAUAAAGGAGAUCAAAAGAUAGUGGCUGUGGCGGCGCGAGACCGAGAAAGAGCUCACGAGUUUGCACAAAUUCAUAAUGUUAUGCUAGCAGGCAGUUAUGAAGAUAUGGCUCGUUGUGCUGAUGUUGAUGUAGUCUACAUUGGAGCCCUAAAUCCUUACCAUUAUGAGCUCACUAAAUUGUACCUGGAGCAUGGGAAACAUGUUCUUUGUGAGAAACCCUUUGGAAUGUCCAGUGAAGAAGUCAAGAAGCUUGUAGAUUUGGCUAAGAAGAAAAAUCUAUUUCUAAUGGAAGGAGUUUGGUCCCGAUUCUCUCCUGCAUAUCUUGAAAUGGAGAAAGCUAUCCAAAGUGGAUGUAUAGGAGAAGUAAAGUUUGUGGAAGCCAAUUUCGGGUUCUUCAGUAAUACUGAGCGAAUUCAUAAAAAGGAAUAUGGCGGCAGUGCAGUUCUUGACGUGGGAGUAUACGUGCUGCAGUUUGCACAGUUCGUGUUUAAAGCAAUUCCAGAAAAGUUGACCGCUAUUGGUAACUUGAAUGAACAUGGGGUAGACUAUUCAGAGACUAUCAUUUUGGAGUAUAAGAGUGGCAAACGAGCUGUGCUUAACACUCAUACGCAGUUGGAGAUGUGUAAUCGGGCCACGGUAUAUGGAACUAAGGGACGUAUUACGUUGGAAGCCCCAUUUCACUUUCCUGACAGAAUGAUCAUAUCCACUGAGGCAGGGAAUAUGGUCAAAGAAUUUGAACUGUGUACAUCGAAACUUCCAUACAACUUUCAAAAUAGCGCUGGACUUGCGUAUGAGGCGAUUGAGGUCGCCAACUGCAUCAGAAAAGGUCUAAAAGAAUCACCUCGGAUGACUCAUAAAGAGAGCAUUCAGUUGGCAGAACAAGAAGACCAAAUAAGAGAGCAAUUGGGGGUCUCGUUUGAGUGAUUGUGUUAAUGAACAAUAUCGGAAAGAGCCUUGCUUUAAUAAAGUUUUUGUUAAUAACACAAAUAAAUGUU